CCAACGCUUUCUCGAUCCAAUCCCUAGUUGAACAUGGCUAUCGAUUUGGAGACCUUCCUCGGCGAGUGGAAGGACUCUCUGGGCAACGACGUCACUGUGGAGUGGGCAAAGCCUGGCAGCCGCGGUGGACAGCUCAGUGUCGUCCUCUCCAAGCCGCGAAGUAGUCGAGAUCCUAUCCGGCUGGAUGUGAAAUCUGUUGGCAAGGGCCGCUUCGUGUGCGGCCAUUAUGACUUGGACUUGGAAGACAGUUCAGAGGAUCGUAUUGUGUGGGCAGACUGCCGCAACCGUGGCAAGACCUCCGUUUGGAAGCGUACUGGCAAGCAUGGUGCCAGCCGCAGCCGGAGCCGCAGCCGUCGUAACGACCGCCGGCCGAAGGCCGUCCUGGAUGACACUCCUCGCGGGAAUUGGCAGUCUGGCUAUGGCCUGCCACCGCCUGCUGUGUACUGGGCACAAGCUGCACCUGGAUGGGCGCCUCCUGAGCCCCCGCGCUCCGCCGUUGCAUCUGAAGGACCUACUCCUGGCGCCUGGGUGCCACCGAGUGUGGAGGUCCAGGAGAGGAGCCAAAGUCCUCCCGGGUUGCUGGCCUUGCCGGCUCCAGAACCAGGUGUCUUCGAGGAGCCUUCUGGUGCGGUGUUGAUGCCGAUGGUUCGAGCAGCCCCUGUCAAAGUGCUGCCGCCGCCACCCCUGGUGGAUGAGAUGGAGGAGUUUGACAAGUUGCUUCUUCAAGCUGAGGCAGGGCACGAUGGUUCUGCACCUCUCCACCAGGAGAAGUCGCGGCAAGUAGAGCCGCAGCAGAGAGCGCGUGAUGAGCGUAAGGAAGCUCGUAGACAGGCCAAGGCGAAGGAGCGAGAGGCCCGAGAUUCAGAAAGGGCAGAGGCGGAGGCAAGAGCGCGAGAGCGGCAUGAGAAGGAGCAGCGCGAGCAGCGCGAGCAGGAGCUCAAAGAGCUCAAAGAGCUGAGAGAGGCAGAGCUUCGAAAAGAAGAGACAAAGCCGAAGGCAGUCAAAGCGAAGAAGAAAUUGCCAAUGGCUGUAAAGCUGGAGGUUAUCGAAGACGAAGCCCCGAAGCUGAUUGUGUCUGACAAUGUGCAGGCACAGGCGCAAGCACAGGAGCCUGUUCGGGAAGAACCUUCACGGGACCCAAGGCGAAGGACCACAGAUGAGCACCAGGAGCACCAGGAAGAGGAGGCAACGGUGCAAGUUCUGGUCGAUCCGUACUUGGUACCAGAACCUGACACUGCGCUGUCGGUGGAAGUGCUGCAGCCGAAAGUUUUGGCUAAGCAGGCCAUCCCAAAGAGACGCAGAGCUGCCCCAAAGAGGGCCAUCGCCAAGCGUCCUGCCGUGACGCCAGAGCAGGAAAGGAAGCUUCAGGAGAUCAAACACCUCCUGGAGAUGGAGACAGCCAUGCCGCCAUUGGCAAUGUCUGGGAUGUCCCCGCCCGGGAUGCCCCCUGUGCCGCCUCCACCACCAGUGCCCGCACUUCCAAUGUCAACACCCAUCUCAGCGCCGAUUACACCCGUGGCGCCAACCCCAAUGGCACUGGCGCCUAUGGCGCCCAUGCUGACACCAACAACCCCAAGGAUAGUAAAGGCUUCGGCGCCGCUCUCUGCAGAGGAGGAAGAGCGACAGCGCCGCUUGAACGCCUACUCCAAUCUCCUGCUAGGAGGUGAUGACGAAGAUGCUCAGGAGCCGGCUCCGUGGAAGAGGCAGAAACGCCGACGCGCGGUUGGCGUGGAGUUGUGAGGAGUUGUGAGGAGUUGUGAGGAGUUGUGAGAUGCUGACACAAGCCAAUUCAAGUGCCAG